UCUAUUCUAUGAUUCUUUGCGACGCGUACAAAUCAAAAAAAUUGCAAGCAAGUCACGCACGAUUACAAAUUUAUUUAGAUUUUAUUUUAUCUUAAUAACGAUAUAAAUACAAUUAUUCAGCUAACUCGGCUCAAAGCUUUAAGUUAAAAAUGUAUAUUUAAUGACUUAAUAACAACAACUUGUAUAAAUUAGAUAAAUAUUUAAACUAAUUUAUAUCAAAGUAUGACUCGUGUGCUUCGUUUUGGACUUUAUUGUUGUAUUUAAUACCUUGCCAUCUGCAAUAUCAUUUUCUGUGUAUGUUCAAAAUGGAAGUUCAGAAAUAUUGUCAAACUCUUAAGAAAAUAAAGUUGUUAUUUGAGAAACUUGAGACUCCCAAUUAUGUGAUGAACAACUACUAUGCCGACGCUUUUAUCAACAAACUUUUGGAUAGAUCUGAUCCAGAAAUAGCUCAGCUUGCGACCAUGCCGCUUAUGUCUGACUUGAUAGCUGACUCAUUAAGUCGGUCUGAAAACUACCACAUUUCAGUGAAAGUAUUCCUAACAAGACUUCUUGGUCUGGCUUCAAGGAAAGAACUUCAUUUCGCUAAGAUGUUCGCGCUAAUCGGAGAUAACGUCGCUAAGAAUUUCAAAGAGAUUCACUCGCCAAGCAUGAACGCAAGCCUGAGGGUGGCUUUUCUGGAAGUGGCCCUUUCCCUCGUCAGACAUUUUUCAGGCAUGAUGUGGUUGAUAAGAACAGGAGUGUGGAAAGACAUUUUGAUGUUAGUCAACGAGAAGAGAACCGUGUUCGUCGUCCGGCAAGUCUACCAAUUCGUUGCCAAAUUCAUGUGGGCAUUAAAUGAUUUUGGCGAUGUCAACAACAUUAACAUAGCUUUAACCUUUAUCCUAGCCCCCAUUCAAGAUAUCGGACUCGUCAAUCUGAAUAUAUUAAGCGAUGAGAAUGAAAUUGAAAUUUGCAAGAAGAUCGAACCGAUGUGCCAUAUGCUGCUAGCUAUUUGCAGUGAGAAAGAUCGUAUACGCACCGCAAGCAAACUCAUGAAUUGUCUUAUAUCAGAAUGCUUCAUUAUCACCAAUAUAGGAAUGUUUUUCGGCAGAUUGCGAUCCGAAGAGACUAUACUCAUGUGUGCUAAGAUAAUAUUCUGGGCAACAUUGAGCAGUAUAUUUCAGUUGAAGCCGCUAGAAGAAGGAGUUACGUAUACUCAAGAGGACUUUCUCGGUUUGAACGCUUUUUAUUUCAACACAUUGAGAUUUUUGAUACAGAGGCGCAACACUAAGUUGGUUUUAGAGUUCUGCAGCGCAUGCAACAUGAUAUGGAAUAUGGUGUGGCAGAACCAAAAGCCCUUCAUGAAUGAGAAUGACAAAAAGUUGGAGAUGCAAACUCAGAUAUUGUUUAUAUGUGUGGUGCCGCUGAUGAUUUGGAUAACUAUGGGUAGGACGACUACAGAAAUCAUGGAGGAGGAGAUUAUUGUAAUGCAUAUGAAGAAUAUUGUGAAUAAUAUUUAUAGCGAGCAUACGAUGCGCGCCGCGUACGGUAUAAGAGAUCUCAUGACGGAAACGGAUGUCAUGUCCACGGUGAUGCAGACUGUCAAAAUGCUGACGUGUUUAAAGACGCACCUAACAGAUGAACAGGCUAACAUAAUGUUUCAAUCGUUGUUCUUUGUUAUAAAAGACUAUGAUCCGCUGAAAGUGACCGAGUCGGAUGGUGAAGGGUAUUCGGAGUGUUCGGAGAAGAUUGUGGUGAUGUGCCACGUGAUGGAGAUCAUACUGUCGCUGGUGAAGAACUAUAACAUAACCUGGAAUGAGAGCUUGGAGGUGCUGUGCCUGUAUGGCGUCGUACAUGGUAUUCUCAAAAAGCCAAAUUUGCCGCCAAAGUUCGUGGUGGUAUCUCUAAACGUACUUGCGCUAUCGGUAAAGAAGUUCCUAACUCCCAAUCUCUCCCUGCUGCUGGAAUCUACACCAGGCUCGGCUGUGUACGAGAUUGGAUCCCUUAUCAACACUAAGAUGAAUGAUUUACGCUGGGAAGUGAGGGAUUCGGCGCUAGAGUUGUUAUUUGUUUGCACGGACCUGUCUUAUAUAAAAUUCCCGCCGUUCCAGAAACAAAUCAUGGAGGAGAACCUCAUCAAUGUGGCCGCGGCUAUCGCCCUGAACGAUUACGAGUCAUACGUGCAGGCUUCAGCCCUGAAGUGUUUGGGUGCAGCCAGCAGGGUCACCAGCAUCUGGGAACAGUUGAAGACGGAGUACCCCAACAUACAGGAACAAAUACUAGCUAUCCUAAGAACUAACUCCGAGGGCAUUGUAAGAAAGGAGGCCUGUAAUGUCCUGUGUGAGAUCUACCAGCAUGUAAAACUGUCUGCCAUUGCGAAACAUACACUAUACGAGUACAUGGUGUCAUCAGCAUUAAGCGAUUUCCACUGGGAAGUCCAAAUCAGCGCGUUGAAGUUCUGGAGAAUCGUCAUACAAACCCUACUCACAGAACAAGGCAUGUUAGACGGGACCUUCCCACCCGUUACCUUCUCAAAGGAAUCCCGCAAAAUUGUCACAUUAAAUGCAGCUGAAAUCCAAAAAAGACUACUAAAAGUCUUAGACGAACUAUCCUCAAUCGGUUGCCUCACCGUCUUGGUAAAAUUGUUGAACAAUGACAGCGAGACUGAAAUCAUGGAGCUGGCUCUGAACAUAUCGCUGGAACUUUUGGAUAUAUUGAACAAACACAAGUUACGUGAAUGUAUAAAACCAAAUGAAGGGGAUCCGAUCACAGCCGAUGAUCUAAUUUGCUCUAUCAAAGAGGACGAUGAUUCUAAUGACAUGGAAACCUUACCAUCUUACACGGAAAGAGCUGAUAAUAUCAUUGAGGGCAUAUUAAAGUCGGAUGAUAUAAACUUACUGGCGAACAUAUAUGAUCGUCACAUGAGCUUACAGAAUUCAGAUUCUGAGCAAGUUAAACCUAAAAUAAGACUGCUGAAGUCAGCGUCUCCAUAUUUGUUCGUGAACCACGUGACCAGUAAAGAUUUUAAAGCUAUUCUGGAGCAGAAUAAGCAGUGGAAGGAAGGUAUACGCAGUUUAUCAUCGCUCUUAGAUGACAUACUCGGUAUCUACGAGGUGAAUGAAGACGUGAAUUCUUUAGAUUGUUAUUGAGACCGCUAAUUGUUAUUUGUUCGUGAAUCACGUAACUAGUAAAGAUUUUAAAGCUAUUCUGAAGCAGAAUAAGUAAAGAUAUAGAUUGUUAUUGAGAUUGCUAGUUGUAUAAGAGAAAGUCGCAAAGUGUUAGUUCUUUUUAUUACUUUUGUAAUUGUUAUAAUUAUGGAAUUAAAACUUCACUUGUUA